AUGGUGGGGGCGGUGAGGAUGCAGGAUAGGGGUGGACUGGUGGAGGCGGGAGCGGUGCGGGUGUCGUGGGUUGUGGGGGUGGGGUUGGUGGUAGAGGUGCGAGUGGUGCCGUGGGUUGCGAGGGUGGCAGUGAGGGAGCGGGGUGGGGGUGCGGGGGGUGGAGGUGCGAGUGGUACGAGAGCCAUGGGUUGCGGAGGUGGUGGUAAGGGUGCGGGGUGGGGGUGGGGUGGGCGAGUGGUGAGGGGUGGAGCUGGGGCUGAGGGUGGCGGCUUGGGUUGGGGUGGGAGACUGAGGAUGGGGGUGGCGGUGAAGGUAGGGGGAGUGGCUGGGUUUGGCGGUGGGGGUUGGAGACUGGGGAUGGGGGGUGACGGUAAGGGUGGGGGAAGAGGGCUCACGGUUGCGGUAGGGGUGGAGGUGCGAGUGGUGCCAUGGGUUGCGACGGUAGCGGUGAGGGUGGUGGUGGGGGUGGGGGGUCGAGGUGCGAGUGGUGCGGGUGCCGUGGGUUGCGUGGGUGGCGGUAAGGGUGCGGACUGGGGGUGGGGUGGGCGAGUGGGGAGGGGUGGAGCUGGGGGUGGGGGUGGCGGUGUGGGUUGGGGUGGGGGUGGGGUGUGGCGGUGA